CUUCUGCUUCUCUUUCGCAGGAUAAUAUCAACGUCUUUUUGAAAGCCUGUGAAAACCUUGGAUUAAAAGAAGCUCAGCUUUUUCAUCCUGGUGACCUUCAGGAUUUAUCUAAUCGAGUUACCGUCAAACAAGAAGAAACUGACCGAAGAGUAAAAAAUGUUUUGAUUACCUUGUACUGGCUGGGCAGAAAAGCAGCCCGCAGCCCUUCCUAUUAUGGCCCCCACCUUGAUUUGAAAGCCUUUGAGAAAUUGCUUGGACAAGCUUUGACUAAGGCCCUGGGGGAAUCCUACAGCCCCAAACAAAGUGGGAGAGACAGUGGAUACGGGGAUUUUUGGUGCACCGAACGCAUUGAUCCGCUUUCAUUGUCCACCAGCCACAAGCGGGACGAUUCCUUAGACAGCUUGGACUCUUUCGGCUCCAGAUCUUCCACCAGCUUCUCUUCGGAUCUCACUCUGAAAGGUGGCAGUGAAGAUUUUGAGAGUGACACGGAUUCUGAGACACGCGCCAGAAUGCACGAUCCCGGCAAAGAUGACAUGUCCCACCGUCGAGUUGCCUUGGUUGAACCCAAGCCUGCUGCAGAAUUCAACCGUUUCCUGCCCAGCAAAACCAAGCCACCAACUUAUAUGCCAGCUCCCUUAAGGAAGAAGAGAAUCGAGAAGAACGAAGAUAACAGAAGAAGCUGGGCGAGUCCCGUAUUUACUGAACCGGAUGGAAAUUUUUCGAGCAACCACAGAAGAAUUUUGGGGCCCGGGAUGGAACGCAAGUCAGCAACUUACAUUCUUGCAGACUUCUCCAACUAUUUGGAGGAGGAGGAAGAGGAGGAGGAGGAGGAGAAAACCACGGGCAUCCCAGACAUUGAAGCCGAUGACCUUUAUGCUCGCAAAAUAAGUGCUGCUGUAUCAGCUGUAAAACUUUCCUCUCAUAAAUUCCUCCCUAAGUCUUGGGCUCCGGGUGAAGAGUUGCACUGGAAAAAAGCACAAAGGAUAUCUUUUUCCAAACAGUGGUAUAAGGAAAUUCAAGGAUUCAGUAGCUUGGCAGAUGCUGAAGAGGAGGAUGCAAAAGUCCAGCCCAGCCAUAGCAUCAUGGACAGCUUGGGCAUCAGAUGCCAAGAAGAUUCUCAGCCCAUCAAGCCAACCACUGAAAUUGCUGCAGGCGAACUGCCAAGCCAGUUUUUAUUUCUGCGAGCCCUGCAAAAGUAUUCAGAGGGCCACCUGUCUUCUGAUCAUAGAACCAAAGUUGACCCAUCUUCAGGGCCUCGGCUCAUAACAUGCAGAAAAUAUAAUUACCUUAGGCCAGGCUGUGACCAAAGAAUCCACGAGAUUAGAGACUUUUACCCAGAUUUGGAAAACGAUGAUUUGUUCGUCCGUAAGACCGGUGCCUCCCACGCGAAUCCAGUCGUUCUCCAAGAUUUGGAGUAUUUUAGGAGGUCUUGUCAACAAAGCCCAUGGAUCGAAGGAGAAAUUGUGCUUCAGCCCAGAGAUGGAGAAGAGGAAAUAUUUCCAGAUUUAGAAAAAGAUGACCUCACUGUUCGCAAAGCUCAACUGCAAAAGAGAGAAGUGCCUUUGUCGGGUGCCCCUGACAAAUACCAGCCGGCCCUCUUCCCAGACCCUUGGAGUCUGCCCCCAGAAAUUCAGGCCAAGUUUCUAUGCUUGCUGGAGAAGUCCACCCUUAAGAGUGAACGUGAAAGCAGAGGAAAAGUCUUAUCUUCUUCUUCAAGGCAAAAGAAAGACGAUAUGUUGACCCGAAAAAUGGAGCUGCUCAGCCUCGGAGGGAAGAUGCAACGCAAGAGCUUCUCUCCAGGAGUGUGUAGCAAAGAAGAUAUGGAAAAAUGGGAAACCAUCAGAGAGGCCAGCAGAAUCAGGCAUAAGAAACGGCAAAUGGUUGACAGGCUGUUGCAAAAGAUUUCUGAGGAACACGGGAGUAAAUCCUUGAAUGACGUCAGUGCAGAUGAGCUACAAACAAUCCGGCAGAUGCGUUACGAAGAGCUCCAGAGAAUAAAAACUCAGCUGCGGGAACAAGAUCAGCAAUGGCAAGAUGAUUUGGCAAAAUGGAAAAGUAGGCGCAGGAGCCACACCUCUGAUCUGCAAAGGAAAAAGGAGGAGAGAGAAGAAAUUGAGCGAAGAGCUUCGGAAAGCUCGGAACGGCGCAGCAAAACCCUGAAAGAAAUGCAGAGAGACAGAGAGAGGCGAGAUCAAGCUCCUCUGAGGAACUCUUGGCAGGAGAUGGAACAAUCGUAUUUCUCAAAUGAUGACGUCUUUAGGGAAGAGAAACCAUCUCCCCAAGUCUGUGUUCCAACCGAGGCAAAUGGAGGCUUGAAAAGGGAAGAUGAUCAUGAGCUAAGGGACCAGAAACCAGAACGUGGGGUGAAGGAUGAGCCUCUCACCUCAGUAGACAGCCUGGCUGGAGAAAGGAUGGAGCCCCCUUUGCCAAGUUCCCGGUCAUCAAAUGCCCAAAUUGGAUCUGGUCGGGUUUCAGCCUCUCUACCAAGAAGUUAUCAGAAGACCGACACUGCCAGGUUGACAUCAGUGGUCACCCCGAGGCCUUUUGGGGCUCCUAUGAGAGGAAUCUCCUCGCUUCCCAGGUCCUUUACGAUUGAUGCAGCCAUGAAAUACAAUGGAGGAAUGGAAGGGCCCAGGAAUGCUCAGUCAGGGCACAGCAGGGGAUCUGAAGCUCAGACAGGAGGGUCACAACAAGGCCAAGGCCAGAUAGAGCAACAAGUUGCAGAAGGCAGCAAAACCAGGACAAGCCACUUACUGGAGGAGCAGAGAAGGAGAACACCUGAGUUGGACCCUAAAUCAGAUCAUCACACCGGUCGUGAUUCAAUGACCGUUAGAUCUUCUGCUCCCAAGGAGAGAACCCUUUCAGGCACUGAGGAAUCAAGACAGCACGAGCAAUACAGCGAUAUGAGAAUCAGUAUAAAUCAGAAACCAGGCAGCAGUCGUAGCUUUGGAUUUGCCGUGUACCAGAAUCCUUCUGGUGUCUUUGUAAAAUCAAUAGAAGAAGGGAGCCCUGCAGAUUUUUGCCAGUUGAAAGUUGGGGAUGAAAUCCUGUCCCUUGGGGGCACCAGUGUUUCACACCUGGAGCAGGGCGAGUGGGAAGCUGCCAUUUUCCAAGCCCUGGAAAAUGGAUGCCUUGUUAUGGACGUGAGGCGGCAUGGAAGGAAGGAUUGGGGCAAAGACCAGCCUUUCCCGCCAUUUGCAAGGCACAAAAUCCUCAAUCUUACCAGUAUGGCUACCAAAAUUAUAGGUACAUCUGAAAACAAAUGGAUUGAUGCCACAUCAGGAGAUCACGCUUCAACGCAAAGUCAACAGAUGUCCAAAAGGGAGUUGCACAGCCAUUUGCAGAAUGAUGGUUCCGAAACAAAAGUCAACGGAAUGCAGGAUGAUGCCCGCUGCUGUGAACAAAAAGACACAGAACCUAUUUCUUUGAAAAACUUAAAAAGGCGAUCCCAGUUUUUUGAACAAGGAGGUCAGGAACCUGCAAUACUUGAUCUCCCUGUCCCACCCAUUGCGGCUCCCAGCCGUUGGACUUGGGAUCAAGAAGAAGAAAGAAAAAGGCAAGAGAAAUGGCAAGCAGAGCAGGAGCGCUUACUCCAGGAGCAGUACAAGCGUGAGCAAGAGAAGCUUAAGGACGAAUGGCUGAAAGCCCAGCGGGAGGCAGAAAAAGACAUCUCCAGUUACUUAAAGGAGGAACAGACAUGCCCUGCUCUAACCGGGAGUGUACAGGAGAUCCCAACUUCUCUGUGGGAAAGAAAUGGAAGUAACAAGACUGAUCAUCUUAAUUCUGAAAGAAAUUGGGAAGAGGAAAGCAGGCCGGAGUAUCAGGGGAAAGAUAGUGAGCUAGCGAGAAGCAGCUUACAACAACAAGGAGUUUUACAGGUGGAGCAAAAGCGAAAGUUACAAGAAAUAGAAAACGGGAAGGGAUGGAAUGGACAGGACACCAUAUACUAUGCAAAGGAACCCAGUUAUCCAGAAGAAGUACCUCAAAAAUCACAGGUAGAACCUGUCAAGGAACCAAGGCAUUGGGAAGAAACAUCUCAAAAUCUUCUGAUGGAGCCAAUUAAAGAACCAAAAUAUGGUGGUGAAACAUCUCAGAAUCUGCUCUUUGAACCAAUCAAAGAACCAGGCUAUCAGGAAGACACAUCUCAAAAGUUACUGCUGGAACCGCUCAAGGAACCAAGGUUUUGGGAAGAAGAAUCUCACAAAACUCAUGUGGAAAUAACCAAGGAAUUAAGAUACCAGGAAGAACCAUCUCCAAACCUGCUGAUGGAACCUAUCAAGGAACCAAGGUAUCGUGAAGAAGCAUCUCGUGACCUGCUGAUGGAACCAAUCAAGGAACCAAGGUAUUGGGAAGAAACAUCUAAGGACCUGCUGAUGGAACCAAUCAAGGAACCAAGGUAUUGGGAAGAAACAUCUAAGGACCUGCUGAUGGAACCGAUCAAGGAACCAAGGUAUCGGGAAGAAACAUCUAAGGACCUGCUGAUGGAACCGAUCAAGGAACCAAGGUAUUGGGAAGAAACAUCUAAGGACCUGCUGAUGGAACCGAUCAAGGAACCAAGGUAUCGGGAAGAAGCAUCUCAGGACCUGCUGAUGGAACCUAUCAAGGAACCAAGUUACCGGGAAGAAGCAUCUCGAGACUUUCUGAUGGAACCUAGGAAGGAACCAAGGUAUCGAGAAGAAGCAUCUCGAGACUUUCUGAUGGAACCUAUCAAGGAACCAAGGUAUCAGGAAGAAACAUCUAAGGACCUUCUGAUGGAACCAAUCAAGGAACCAAGAUAUCGUGAAGAAGCAUCUCAAAAGCCGCUGGUGGAACCAGUCAAGGAGGUGUCAGUGCAAAGAUUUCAGUAUCAAAGACAUUAUGAAUCACCAAGACUCUCCAAUGAGCAAGGAAAGUACUUCAGUGUGGACAGAAAUAAAUCCAGAUCAACCACUGAUUUAGACAAUCCUCAGCCCAGUGGGCUGAAGAAGAAAUUCUCUGAGCAAUCCUGGAAUGCCACAAACUCCCUGAAAAGAUCUCAGAAGGAACAGGGCUUGUCAUCCGCUGAGCUGGAAAGGCAGCAGAUUCUUCAGGAAAUGAAGAAAAGGACCUCUCUUCACACAGACAGCAGCUGGAUCCGGCAGCGCAGCUCCAGCAUGCACAAAGAGCCCUUCAGUCUGGCCAGCAAUAGAAUGAGGAGAGGUGAGAGCUUAGAUAAUCUUGACUCUUCAAAGACAAACUCCUGGAGACCUCAUUCCUGGGUGAACCAAUCUGCAUCUUCUACAUCUUUAUCAAGCAGCCAAGAGUUGGGCCAGCAUGUUGCUCCCGUGGUGUCCACCUCCAAUCGGGCCUACAUGCGCACCCCGUCUUCCAGCCUGCCCUCCCCUUCCUCUGCAUCUAUGAAAACGUCCACCUUGACCCACAUCCCCCCAUCACCAACUCUUCCUCAAGCUCCUUCGCCAACCUCUUCUUCUCAGUCUGGGACACAACAGCGCAACAGGUCGGUGAGUGGCAAGCGAAUGUGUUCCAGCUGCAGAAACGCUCUGGGCAAAGGAGCGGCUAUGAUCAUCGAAUCUCUUGGCCUUUGCUAUCACUUACAUUGUUUUAAGUGUGUUGCUUGUGAGGGGGAUCUCGGCGGAUCACAAGCCGGAGCAGAAGUCCGUAUCCGAAACAGCGAACUCUUCUGCAACAGCUGCUAUCUCAGAUUUAAAACUGGACAGGCGACCACCAUGUGAUCCGAAGGAGGAGGAGGAGAAGCCUCUGCAACAGACAGAGAAGGAAACGGCUGCUUCAAAUCUAUAAAUAUUCGGAGUGGGUGUGUUUUAUAGGACCAGAAGUUUGGCUGUCUAGACCAUGUAGAAGGACGCACUUCCUCCUUCGUAAAAAAAAAAGCCCCUAUUUUGAAAUAUUUAUAAGAAAGUCAUCCCGUUCUAGAGAGCUGUGCAGAACUUUGCGAGAUUUACAUUUGAAGACACGCGGAGGGGGUUGCAGUCUUUAUCUCAGUUAAGCUACGCUUAAGUAAUAUUACCCUUUUAAAACUAUCCACUUCACUUUCUUCAAUCUCCCUUUGUGCUUUAACAGUUUGAAUCCGGUUGGGGAAAUUGUGAAAACUCGUCCCGUGUUUGAAAAAUGUAACUCUCCAUUGCACCUCAAACAGGUUAAUAUGACUGAAGAAUUUUUUUCCUUCUGUUUUCUUUUGUAUUUGUAAAUAAAGUUGCUGAUGCUGCACUUAGACA